UCGUCCGCAAUAACUCCUUCCUCCCUUCUCCACAUUCUCUUCCACCUCCGUCCGUUCCCCUCCCCUUCCUCUUCCUCUCCUCCCCCUUCCAUGGCCGCCGCUUAGCUUCGUUCUCAAGGCCUCCUCCCUCUCGCCACACACCUCCUGCUAGCUACCCUUCUGAGCUUGCAAAGUUUUGCCGCAUCACAUCGAUCUUGAGAGCUGCAGCAGGCAGAGAUCGAUCAGAGUUCUAUUUUUGCAGAGGCACACAAACAUAUAUAGUUCCUGUAUCUGCUAGAUCUCACUGCCAGCCAGCUCGCAGUGAAGCUUCUCUGGGCUACCUUGUCGCUAGAUCUGUUGCUGGUCGUGCUGUUACUUGGCAGGCAAGGUAUACAUCUCCAUAUAGGAAUAGGAUUGGCGCCGCCUGUUUUCUUGGGUUGUGAGGGAGAUAUACUACGCAUGUGCCAGUGAAUAAAUGGGAAGCAGCUAGUGAGGAGGCAAUAAGAAUCAGGGUUUGAGAGGUCGCGAGAGGAGAAAUGAUGAUCCCGGCGAGGCACAUGCCGCCGAUGAUCGUCCGGAACAGCGCCGCCGCGUACGGCUCCUCGUCGGCACUCUCGCUCAGCCAGCCGAACCUGCUGGACAGCCAGCAGCAGCUCCAGCUCCAGCAGGCGCUGCAGCAGCAGCACCUGCUGGACCAGAUCCCGGCGACGACGGCAGAGAGCGGCGACAACAUGGGCCGCAGCGGCGGCGGCCGGGGGUCCGAUCCGUUGAUGGGGGGCGACGAGUUUGAGAGCAAGUCCGGCAGUGAGAACGUGGACGGCGUCUCCGUUGACGACCAGGACCCCAACCAGCGACCCAGCAAGAAGAAACGCUACCACCGCCACACCCAGCACCAGAUCCAGGAGAUGGAAGCUUUCUUCAAGGAAUGCCCGCACCCGGACGACAAGCAGCGCAAGGAGCUGAGCCGGGAGCUGGGGCUGGAGCCCCUCCAGGUCAAGUUCUGGUUCCAGAACAAGCGCACGCAAAUGAAGAACCAGCACGAGCGGCAUGAGAACUCGCAGCUGAGGGCGGAGAACGAGAAGCUGCGCGCCGAGAACAUGAGGUACAAGGAGGCCCUCAGCAGCGCGUCCUGCCCCAACUGCGGCGGGCCGGCGGCGCUCGGCGAGAUGUCCUUCGACGAGCACCACCUCCGCGUCGAGAACGCGCGGCUCCGGGAGGAGAUCGACAGGAUCUCCGCCAUCGCCGCCAAGUACGUGGGCAAGCCCAUGGUGUCCUUCCCCGUGCUGUCCAGCCCGCUCGCCGGGGCACGCCCGUCGCCGCUGGACAUCGGUGGCGGCGUGGGGGGUGCCGCUGCGUAUGGCGCUGUCGACAUGUUCGGCGGCGGUGUCGCUGUGGACCUGCUGAGGGGUGCCGUGCCGCAGUCGGAUGCCGACAAGCCUAUGAUCGUGGAGCUGGCCGUCACGGCCAUGGAGGAGCUGGUCCGGAUGGCGCAGCUGGACGAGCCGCUGUGGAACGCGCCGGGCCUUGAUGGAUCUGCUGAAACGCUGAACGAGGAGGAGUACGCGCACAUGUUCCCCGGCGGGCUCGGCCCAAAGCAGUACGGGUUCAAGUCAGAGGCAUCGCGCGACAGCUCCGUCGUCAUCAUGACCCAUGCCAACCUCGUCGAGAUCCUCAUGGACGUGAAUCAGUAUGCGACGGUGUUCUCGAGCAUCGUGUCGAGAGCUGUGACGCUGGAGGUGCUGUCCACUGGCGUGGCGGGGAACUACAAUGGUGCAUUGCAAGUGAUGUCAGUUGAGUUUCAGGUACCUUCCCCACUGGUGCCGACCAGGGAAAGCUAUUUCGUGAGAUACUGCAAGCAGAAUGCUGAUGGAUCAUGGGCCGUCGUCGACGUCUCGCUGGACAGCCUGCGCCCCAACUCAGUCCUCAAGUGCCGGCGCCGGCCUUCAGGAUGUCUGAUCCAGGAAAUGCCUAAUGGCUACUCAAAGGUGACCUGGGUGGAGCACGUCGAGGUGGACGACAGGUCAGUGCACAACAUCUACAAACUGCUGGUUAACUCAGGGCUUGCCUUUGGAGCACGCCGGUGGGUUGGAACGCUAGAUCGCCAGUGCGAGCGCCUUGCCAGUGUCAUGGCCAGCAACAUUCCGACUAGUGAUAUUGGUGUGAUCACGAGCACGGAGGGGAGAAAGAGCAUGCUGAAGCUGGCUGAGAGGAUGGUGAUGAGCUUCUGCGGUGGAGUGACGGCCUCAGCUGCACACCAGUGGACUACGCUCUCAGGCAGUGGUGCUGAGGACGUCCGUGUCAUGACCAGGAAGAGCGUCGACGACCCUGGCAGGCCACCGGGCAUAGUCCUCAACGCUGCCACCUCUUUCUGGCUCCCCGUCCCGCCCAAGCGUGUCUUCGACUUCCUUCGUGAUGAAAGCUCUCGCAGCGAGUGGGACAUCCUCUCCAAUGGCGGUGUUGUUCAAGAAAUGGCUCACAUCGCCAAUGGCCGCGAUCAUGGCAACUGCGUCUCGCUUCUUCGUGUCAAUAGCACCAACUCGAACCAAAGCAACAUGCUGAUCCUGCAAGAGAGCUGCACUGACGCAUCAGGCUCGUACGUCAUCUAUGCGCCAGUGGAUGUGGUCGCGAUGAACGUGGUCCUCAAUGGCGGCGACCCUGACUAUGUGGCACUCCUACCCUCUGGCUUUGCCAUCCUUCCUGACGGUCCGGCAGGCAGCAACAUGCAAGGCGAUGGUGGUGUUGGCUCAGGUGGAUCGCUCCUGACGGUGGCGUUCCAGAUACUGGUCGACUCCGUCCCCACAGCCAAGCUCUCCCUGGGGUCGGUGGCGACAGUGAACAGCCUCAUCGCCUGCACCGUGGAGCGCAUCAAGGCGGCGGUCUCUGGCGAGAGCAAUCCCCAGCAGUAACUUUGUUGAAUCAAACAGUGUUCUUAUCCUUUGCAUUGAAGGAGCAGCAAAUUUUAGAGCUUUCAUCAGUGGGAAGUCAAGAACGCACCUCAGACUCUCCUUGCCAUGUGGUGCUCAUAGUUUGGGUUAUUUUUCGCCUAGUUUUCCCAGAAUUUCUGGGUAUUAUUCCAUUUCAGUCACCGAAGAAAAUGAGUCACCACUACGCAAGGGUAGUUGGUUCGGGUAUUGACUUCCUCUUCAUGUUGGCCUCUCGGAUGCUGCUACCUCUGAAUUUAGGCUUCUUUUUCUUCUCUUGUGGAGUACAAAACCGUUAUUUAGCAUGUAAUUUGUGCUGUUGCUGCAGUUGUUCAGACUUUCAGUAUCCUGGAUUCCCCAAAUAGAGAUUUGUUUCCCUUAGGUUUUAUACUUCUGCAGUGCUUCUUAAUGUCUAGCCAUCAUUUCAGUACCAAACGUGUCUGUAACGUGGUUGCAUGCAUACUUGCGUUAUUGUUGAAUGUCUUCGAUGCUA